AUGGGGAAAUCUAGACCUGCAAUUGAAAAUGAGGGUGUUAGAUCUAUGAGUAUAAAAGAAGUUGAUUGGAAAAAGACAAAUAGAAAAGCGUGUAGCUUUAUUCUUUCAUGGGUUGGUGUAAAUGUUGUGCAUCAUGUUGAGAAUGAAGCUACGACGUAUGAUGUGUGGAGCAAACUUGAAGCUCUCUGCGCUGGGAGGUCAGCAUGGAAUAAAGCAACACUAUCUUACAAAGCUGGUGAUAAUGGUGAGGUUCGCAUGGGUAAUAAUAGUGUGUUCAAGAUAGUUGGUAAACUCAAUGAUGGAGUUGGCUACCAUAAUGUUUUCAGUGGUGGAGCAUUGAAGCUAAGUAAGGGUUCUUUGGUUGUUGCACGAGUAUGCAGGAGCAUUAAAAAUGCCACUCGGAGGAACUUAGGUUCAUUAUCAUGUUCAACCGGAAAUCCCAUAGACGAUUGCUGGAGAUGUGACCCAAAUUGGGACAAGAACCGCCAACAUCUAGCAGAUUGUGCCAUAGGUUUUGGAAAAGGUGCCAUUGGUGGUCGUAACGGUAAAAUCUAUGUAGUAACCGACCCUUCUAACGAUAACCCGGUAAACCCUAAGCCCGGAACUCUUCGCCACGCCGCCAUACAAGAUCAACCUCUAUGGAUCAUCUUCCAAAGAGAUAUGGUCAUCACUCUCAAAGAAGAACUUCUUGUUAACUCCUUUAAGACAAUCGAUGGUAGAGGAGCUAACGUUCAUAUUUCCGGUGGACCUUGUAUUACAAUUCACUACGAAACCAAUAUUAUCAUACAUGGAAUCCACAUCCAUGAUUGCACGCCAGGAAGACAGACGAUAAUAAGAGAUUCGCCGGAACAUGCAGGGUGGUGGCAGGUGUCGGACGGUGAUGGGAUAUCGAUAUUUGGUGGAAAGAACAUUUGGGUUGAUCAUUGCUCGUUGUCGAACUGUCGAGAUGGUUUGAUUGAUGCUAUCCAUGGAUCAACUGCGAUAACUUUAUCGAAUAAUUAUAUGACUCAUCACGAUAAGGUGAUGUUGUUAGGUCACAAUGAUAACUAUCUACAGGAUAAAAACAUGCAAGUCACAAUUGCUUUUAACCAUUUUGGAGAAGGUCUUGUUCAAAGAAUGCCAAGGUGUAGACAUGGAUACUUUCAUGUGGUGAAUAAUGACUAUACUCAUUGGGAGAUGUACGCGAUUGGAGGGAGUGCUUCGCCGACAAUUAAUAGUCAGGGAAAUCGAUUUUUGGCACCGAAUGAUCGGUUUAGGAAACAAGUGACGAAGUAUGAGGAUGCGGCUGAGAGCGAGUGGAAGAAUUGGAAUUGGAGAUCGGAGGGAGACUUGAUGUUGAAUGGUGCUUAUUUUAGGCAGUCAGGUGCGGGGGCAUCUUCACCUUAUGCUAGGGCUUCAAGUUUAAGUGCGAGGCCAGCUUCGUUUGUGGGUGCGGUUACUACCUCGGCUGGGGCUCUUAAUUGUAGAAAAAACUCCCGUUGUUAAACAAAUUAAAGGACAAGAUUGCAUGUUCACUAUUUAUUUAUAAUGGUUUCUAGUUAAUUAAGAAACUCAAAUCUGAAAGGUUUUUGGGCAAAACUAAUUUGAACUUAAGUUGCCCUGUAAUUUGAACUUAGAGGAAAGUUUGAGCG